AUGUCACUCAUCGUCAUCACUGCGUUGGUAGCUAUCGCCUCUGCUCAACUGCAGGAUGGACGAUUCGUUCCGGCUAAUGAAAGACUACCGUGUGGAUUCAGUUGCUCACGCCGCACUUCGGUGAUAACUAUGCUAGACGGAGUCUUUUCCAGAGCCGAAUGCUCGGAUAGAAAUGGCAAUGUUCUGGCCAGAUGCAGUUCAUGUUGUGCCAUGAAAGCUCUAUCGGAAGGUCUAACGACGGAUCAUUCGUCAGGAUUCCCCUCUGUGGACACUGGUGACUGCAUUUGCUGUUUCAACAAUAUACGAUGCUAG